ACGAAAAUUCAUGACGACUUACUCAUGUUCAUGACAGUGUCAUGACAGUCUUAUUCACAACCCGUCACAUAAAGUGUUACCUACUUUUCUUUUGCGUGUGUGCGUGUGUGUGGCGCCCUCUGAUGGAAUGGCGCCAGAUUGUCAAAAAAUUAUAUAUAUAUAUAUAUAUAUAUAUAAAAACCCGCCUAUGUUUAAAGUUAUGUUUUCUAGCUUGUGUUGCAUAUAUUACUCCAUCCCAAGUAACGUGUUGAAACAUUAUAGUGGUUAUAGCUUCAAGUAACUUUAUUAACCAAUAAAGCUGCUAUAAUUAAUCUAAAAAAGUUUGGACUUUGCAUAAAUUUCUGAAUUUUGACAGAAUCAAUUUUGACUUCACACACUCUUCCUGAUGUAGCGGAUUUUGUUUCUCUAUGCCAAACAUUUGACUGUUACCGUGUUCACGGCACGACAAAAAUAAAAUACACAUGCAAUAGGUUCACAAAAAAAAACAACCCUAAACUGUAAAGAUCUUCUAUUUCGAAGAGACUAAACAAUCAAAACAUCAAAAAGAUGUUUCAAACCCUGACGCUGCUUCAUUUCAAACACAAACGGCCACAUUCCCGUUUAAAAGUCAUGAAAUGAAGAAAAGCAUCAGUUAGAUGAGUUGUAUUAACAAAAAAAGCUCAAUUAGAUAAUGACGUCACAAAAGAUGCAUUAAAUACUAUAUUUUAGCCUGUUUGAUCAAAGUGAUAUUAAUGCAUGUACACAAAAAUAUAUCGUAGUGAGACCUCUUCUCUGCUGUGCCCGGAUAUGAGUGACAUGAACCCGUACACCUGGCCAGGUGAAAUACUGACAACUCCUCUGACUGAUUCUCAGUUUUACUGUAUCCAUCCAGAAGUGCAAACGCCCUGCGAGAUUUCUCUUCCUGAAGAAAUUAGUUGUAUUCUUCGUUUUAUUCGAAUUUUUAAGGAUCCAGCUAUGUUUCAGUCAAUUAAGGAUCGACAGAAGGACCAAAAGAAUAUAACAAAGCUUUUGCAGGGUCUAGAGAACGACCUAAAGGGUCUAGAGAACGACCUAAAAGAUAAAUUAAAGGAUUGCAAGUCACAUCCUUGUAAUUUGCCAAAGCCACCAAAACUGAAGGAAUCUUCCACAAACUGGGGACUAAAGGGAUUCAUCUGCUGUUACUUCCUGGGAGUUGGAUCCAUAAUUCUGGGAGUUUAUGUGAGCUUCCUCCCUCACUUUGAAACUAAUCUCUUCAUUGGCCUCUAUGCUUUUGGAAACAUUUUUGCUCUUUCCAGCACGUUGUUUCUAGUGGGACCAGCGAAGCAGCUGAAGAGGAUGUGUGACAUGUCCAGAGUAUUGGCCACCCUCACCAUGCUUGCCUGCGUAGUUUUGACUCCCUAUGCAGCUCUGUGGUGGAACAGCUUCGGAUUUACUAUGCUGUUUUGCGCUUUGCACAUAUUGUCAUUUUCCUGGUACAGUCUGUCAUUCACGCCAUGUGUCAGGAAGAUGCUGAAGAUGUUCUCUCUUCUCAAGCAUUGAAGAUCCGUGUGUUUUGGGAGGAAGGUUCGAGAUUCACUGGGACGGGUUUCUUACUCACAGAAAAUUUGUAACUUUUAUCUUUUUUUUUAAUCAUUACUACGGUGAUUCUAUUGAGUUGUUUUAAGAAAAUCUCUACACUUAGUUGCAAGCAUGGAAGAGGAGGGGUGACGAUUUGGGUUUGUUUACUCCUCAUCAGCUGAUGAGAAUCUUGCUUCACGGCAGACUUCCAAAGAACUGGAAGCCUUCCCCACCGAAUCCCUUCUGAUCAGUGGUUUGUACUCUGGUAUUUGUUUUUGCUUUCUUUUCAGUGUCUUUAUGUCUGUCAACAUGUUGGUCGAAUGCCUGGAGAACGUGGUAGCAAAACUAAAACGAAACGGUAAAAUGACUUCAGUGAUGGCUGCCGCUGUUUCUAAAAAAGGGUUGUGAAAAACACAAUUUUAAUUUGUGGACGAACUCAGGCUGAUUGUGAUUUCACUGUGACAAAUUGGACAAUGUGUUCCUGGAAGUUUGAAGGAGAUAUAACGUAAGACUUUGAAAAUCUCACAUAAAAAUUGUUUGUGUCGUUUACAGAAACCUUCAUUUAUAUCUAACUAAAUAAUACUCCAAAUAAAUGAACAAUUGCUAGAUUUAA